UUUGAUACAUAAGUGGCUAUCAGAUCAGCUGAUUCAGUUGUGUUGUUUACAACACAUUAGAUUUGGUGUAACAGAUUCUGGUAUUAAUUGAAUGACAAACUAAGUCUCGAUUUUGUAAAAUCCACGCCAGUUCGUUCAUAAUGUUCAGGUUUAAAGUUUCACCAAGCAUCAAAGGACUAUUGUCUAAUGAAUGUAGCACCAUGACUGCCGGCAAUUUGAACAUCUUUAGGUACUUGAAUGACAAACGGGCCAUCGUCUCAAGGGUAAAAAGAAAAGAAUCUCAAAAGAAUGAGGUUAAAGACCCUGACAGAGGUACGUUCAGGAAUUGGGUUAAAAAAAAUUAUGGUGCAGAUCGUGUGCCGAAAAAUAUGCCCACGGAUCCUGAUAAAUUGGACAGUAUUGAUAGAAUUGCUUUGACAUCUUCUAAUGUUGAUUAUGAUUAUAAUACUGUGAAUUUGGUCGCUUCUUUUUACAACACGGACUCGAAGGAUUGGGAACAUUUCAACAAAGUUGUUGAAGCUUACAAAAAGCCCGAUAAAUCAGGAAUGAGAGUAGGACAAGUUGAAUUUAUUUAUGGUUCGAUGAAAAGAUUAAAAGAUUUUGGUCUGCAUAAAGAUGUUAGGGCUUAUAAUGCCUUAUUGGAUGUUUUUCCUAAAGGAAAAAUGAUUCCAGAAAAUGUUAUCCAAUUUGGUUUUCUUCAUUAUGCAAAGCAACAAUUUUGUGCUGUAGAUCUAUUAGAAGAAAUGGAAUGGAAUCAAGUCUUACCAGACCAAGAAACUAUCGAUUUAGUUUUAUCAAUUUUUAGUGUUUAUUCACAAGUUUUUGACAAGCUGGGAACAAUGAUAUAUUGGACUACAAAAGCUAGAUAUAAUGACCCUUAUCCAUGUCCCAAUGUGUUACCUUAUGAUCCUAAGGAAUUGGCAAAAAUAAGUUUUCGUAGAAUGUGUGUUGAUCCAACGACAGAAAUAUCUAUUUAUUCGACUGAAGCCGUACCUGAGUCAAUGGACAAAACUUGGAUAGUCUCAGCAAUUUCACCAGUGCAAAAGAAACUUAUAAACAAAUUAAAUGAGCCUCUGUACAUUGAUGGACCCCAUAUUAUGUGGCUUAAAGAUCAUAUGAUCAGUUACUUUAUAUUAAAAACGGCGGCUCCGGAAGAACUAAAGGAAAAUGAAGAAGAUUUAGAAGAUAUGCGAGAUCUUCCUUUAUAUGCUCACGGAGGACUAUCAAAAAAACAACAUAUUGAAAAAAUGGAAGCAAUUCAUCAAUCUUCAGAAGGAACAAUCUGUGGUUUAGUGGCUACUGGUACCUCUUCAAGAGACUCUUUACUUUCAUAUAUUAGGAUUCUUAAACACCAUCUACCUAAAUUAAAAGAUUUAAACAUAAUUUUUACUCAGCGAGCACCGGAAUCUGCAUUAUAUCCAUUGGAAGAGGAAAAAAAGGAUGAGAUGCCAAAAACCAACGAUGAAAGUGUUAAGUUGAUUGUAAAUAAGUAAAUAUUUAUAUACAAUAUGCAGUUUUAAAAAUGGAUUCAAUUUCCCCAUUUACAUAUAAUGUUAUAAAUAUACAUACAAUACAUAAAUGUAGUAUAAAAAAUUGAUGAGUCAAAAUUAUGUAAAAUAAUCAAUUAAAUAUUAAAAUAGUUUAACAUCGAUGAUGAUCAUGA